ACAAUGUAAAUUUUUGACAUUCGUUUGGAGUUUGGUGUUUUUGGAGAGAUUUGUAAUUAGUCUAAUUCGUCGGUUUUCGUGUUGCGUUUUUAGUUGUAAAGGUGUUUUUAAACAAAGUUGAAGAAUAAAUAACCCUCAUUUAAAUUGAUAAAGCUUUGCAUUUGUAAUAAUUUACUUUAACAAUGGAGCUGUCUGCAGAGGGCAAAACCCCGGAGUAUAUGGCUCUUGCGGGCAUAAAAUUCAAGCUUUCUUUGCCACAAUUUAAAGAUAAUCCUCAGUUAAAAGAGCAGUUGUUUGAGGGUAUUAAAGCUGGUAAUAUGGCACCAUAUUACAAAGAAGUAUGUACAGAUUUAGGGUGGCCAUUGGACCAAAAUUUAUAUGAUGAGAUGGCAAAAGAGAAUCUUAGUAGGCUGUCAAAAUUUGAAGAAGACGAUUCGGAAACUCCAGUAUGGCAAGAUCGGUUAGACUAUUUGUGUUCUAUUGGCGAUAAAGAAGCCGCGACAGCUUUGGCGACAACAAAGUAUGAAGACUCCACUUUGACUACAAACAGAAGAUUAGAUGCCAUCUUUGCUCUAUUCCGGAUUGCUUACUUUCAUGGUUGUAAUGUAAAAGACAUGGGAAAAGCUAUAAACAAGGCUCAUGAAUUAGUAGACAAAGGUGGAGAUUGGCGAUCAAGGAACAAGCUGAAGGCAUAUGAGGCUAUUUACUGCCUUGCAGUAAGGGACUAUAGUCAUGCAGCUGAUUUGUUCAUUGAUUGUGUGUCUACAUUCGAAUCAUACGAGUUGGUUGAUUUUGGUACAAUUAUUCAGUACUGCGUCCUUGCUUGUGCUUUGGCGUUGGAACGGCAUGCUCUUCAGGCGGCGCUCCGUAGGCAAGGGGCGGCAGUGCAGGCCCUGAGGUCCAGGUUCCCCGAGCUACGGGAACUUGUUGAAUCUCUACACGAGUGUCGUUAUGCUGACUUCUUGAAAAGUCUUGCUUGGGUGGAGACGCAGAUCUGCGUGGACCCGGUGUUCCGGCCGCACUACCAGCACUACGUGCGCGAGGCGCGCCUCAAGGCGUACGUGCAGCUGCUGCGCGCCUACCGCUCGCUCAGCCUCGACAACAUCGCUGACACCUUCGGCGUCUCCAGGGAGUUCGUCGAGGAGGAAAUUUCCACGUUUACAGCGGCGGGGGGGCUGCAGUGCCGCAUCGACGCGGUGGCGGGGUGCGUGGUGACGGGCGCGGGGCGCGGCGCCGACGCCGACCGCUCGCACCUCUACCAGGCCACCAUCCGCGAGGGCGACCUGCUGCUCAACAGGGUCAAGAAACUCGCAAGCGUUAUCAACUUUUAAAUAGCCGUGUAUUGCUUUAUUAGAAUUGUGUCGAUAUUUCAUUGGCUAAAAUUGUAAUUUUUACGAAUUAAAUGAUUCAAACUAUAUAAAA